UUUAAAGUUAUUCGUUCAUAGAUCAGACAUCACCGCAGCUCCUUGUCUUUCAUAGUCUACUUUCUGAAAUUAGUAAAUCUACAGAGCUGUGAUCUGAAAUAAGGACUCUUUUCUAAAAGAUGAUUUUUCCAUGAUGCCCCCGAAUCGUGAAACUGCAGUCCCCGUAAUUCAUUGCCACCCUAUCCAGAGUAAAAGAAUUAUUGCUGGACUGGUAAUGGCAGGACCAUUUGUUACCUGCUUUGCGUUGUUUGGUAUAAUGAAUCUUGUCGCUGGGACAUUUUUAACCAUCAUGGCUUGUAAACCACAAACCUCACAUCCAGAUUCAACCUACAGUGAAGAGUUUCUUCGUACUUUCAGUAAAAAACUCGAAAAUAUAUUAGAUCCAUUUAAGAUUGUUGGUCCUAUACUUCUCAUUACAGGUUUUUUGUUAGUGAACAUAGGAAUAGUCUUAGGGAUUAUUGCAUGUAAAUCAUCGCUUCACACUGCCCAGAAGGAUUCACUGCCAUCUCCAGUCUCGUGCUUCCAACUUUCAGACAUCAAUGGUACCAUGGGAACGAGACUUCAGACUAGCAGUAACUUCAAGGAACGAUCUUUCUUGUGUCCACCACAGAGACAAAAUCUAGGAAAAAGGGACACUACUUCUUUCACUUAUCUAGAUGCCAUCAUUGAUGUCCACAUGACACCUCAUCCUGUCCCUUCGAAGGCUGGGGAAACAAUCAUCAAGUCAUCAUCAGCAACUGAAGAACAGGAAGAUGUUUCAUCAGUAGCUCAUGGUAAUAUAGAGGGAAAAGAUGUCACAAUAGAGGGCCUAGGUUUCACAGAAGAGACCCUAUUUCGUGUUUAAGAGUUGUAUAUAUAAAUAUAUAUAUAUAUAUGUGUGUGUGUGUGUUUGUGUGAGUGUACGUAACAGACACGAGUCAGAUUAAUGCAUCCAUGUUGUAAAACUCUGUGAUUUGAAAAUUGAAUAAAUCACUAAUAUUUAUCAUACACUUCAAAGUAAUUUGCUUUCAGGUUACAUUUGUAGUAGUUGUGAUAAACGUAAGUUAACAUAUUUAAAACCCCUAUACUUGUUAAAUCAAGUGUUGUUUUGAAUGUCAUUAAAAGUAGAAAUAU